UAAAUGUUUAAAACAUCUUUAUAAGAAUCUGUGUAUACCGUGAUAAUCAGAAUAUAUCUAUGAUCAAAUGGAAAUUCAUUCGGAUAGGGCGAUAAAUCUCAUUGCUUUAGCGUUAUCAAUUUUUUGUCUGUGUCUCCCACCAAAGAAAGUUGCCAGCCAGUUAUUAUACAACAUAGACCAGUAUGACAGAUGUAGAUAUCUUGACGAGCAAGAUAUUAACAAGUUGCUUUCAUUUGUUAAAUCGUUUGAGAAGUCCAAAAUACCGCUUAACAAUUUUGCUGUGAACAUUGUAAAAAGACUAGAAAUUCUUGAGUCAAAAGUUUGUGGUAAAAAUAUUACGUAUUUCCAACAAUCGUGCUAUUUUCUGUCACUCGAAAAACAAACAUGGACACAAUCACAGAAAAGUUGUGCAUCAUACGGCGGUGUGCUGGCGGAAAUUGAAACUCCAGAGGAAAAUGAUUUUAUUGUUCAAACCAUCUUUAAACCAUAUGUAGAGGAUGGAACAUAUUUUUGGCUUGGAGCAUCAGACAUGAAUAAAGAAGGAACAUUUGUUUGGAAUUCUACAGGACUGCCUCUGAAGUUUAGUUACUGGAAAUCAGGGGAACCAAACGACAUAACUGGUAACGAGGAUUGUGUCCAUGCAUACGUUGGCGAAGGCAGUCGAUGGAAUGACCGCGCAUGUACGGAUGUUUAUAGAUUUUUGUGUGAAAUAAAGAUUACAUAGGA